AUGUUUUGUUACCUUAAGAGACGCGUUCAGAUUUUAGGUGACGAAAAUAAGCGCAAACAGUACAACUCCUUCGGAGCGGCUGGACCCUCUGCGUCUUCCGGUUUCCGAGGCCAGCAGCAAGAGGGUUUUGAGUUUCACUCUCAGAUUGACCCCGAAGAGUUAUUCCGGCGGAUAUUCCGCGACAGUGAAUUUGCGUUUAAAGAAUGGACUUCAGGAGACCGUGGUUUUGCAGAGACUAUUUUUGGAUUUAACCCAACGAAAGAAGUUUCCGUCAACCUCACAUUCGAACAGCAUGAUCGAUGUAUUUUAGUUGAGCUGGGUAUUGAAAUCUUUGUCACUCUAUAG